AACAGAAAACCGCCCGGUUUCGUGUACUUUCUUCUGAAGUUCCUUAUAAAAGAAUUAAAAGUGUUUCAAUGAAAUUAUUUGCGAUCAGUUUAAUGUUUGUCGCAUGUUUCUGUAUACUGAUUGGGUUGAUACAGAACGUUGUGAACACGGACCAUGGAGGAAUAUAUCCCACUGACAGAAAUAUUGUUCAUUUGAAUGGAGAUGAUGUAAAUUUAUGGUGGUUUGUACAGCUCUCAGAUAUCCAUGUUAGUAAGUUUCAAGACCCAAAGAGGCCUGAAGACUUAGCCAAAUUUUGCCAACAUCGUCUUCCGAAAAUAGCACCAGAACUUUUUAUUGUGACAGGAGAUUUGACUGAUGCUAAAUAUAAAAAUGAGAGAGGCUCGACACAAUUUAUUGAAGAAUGGAAACGUUAUGAAGAAGUAAUCACCUUAUGUCAAAAGUAUAACAAUAAUGUGAAGUGGCUGGAUGUAAGAGGAAAUCAUGAUGCAUUCAAUGUACCAGAUUUGGAUCACAAAAAAAAUCUUUUUAGAACAUACUCUGGACAAGGGGAGACAAAUCCUUCCUCAUAUAAAUACACACACAAACUGAAGUUUGGGGAGUACAGUUUCAUUGCCAUGGAUGCCACACCAAACCCUGGACCGAGGCGACCAUUUAACUUUAUUGGAAUUCUCAGAGAGAAACAAAUAAAUUUACUGAAUAAGAUGUCCCUGGAAAGUAGUUCAAGCAACAUGACCUUUUGGUUUGGACAUUAUCCAACUUCUCUCAUCAUCACUGAAGAUGGAUCCAACAUCCGCCAACUAAUGAGAAAUGCCAGUGCAUACUUCUGCGGACAUCUCCAUCUAUCAGGCUUGCAUACCAGGCACAAAACAGGGACCUAUGAACUGGAGCUGGGAGACUGGAAACACAACAGGAUGUACAGAAUUGUAGCAGUGGAUAGCAAUGUAAUGGCCUUCUCAGACCAAGCUUUCCAUGAAGAGCCAGUCAUCAUUUUUACCAAUCCCCAGCAUGCAAGAUUUCCAGCACCACAGAAAGUAACCUCUACUCAUAUCAGGCUGUUGAUAUUUCCACCCUCACAUGCCUUAACAGUUGACCUUUACAUUGAUAAAGUUAAGAUUGGGGAGGCUCAGAAUGUUAAAGGGCCCUUGUAUGUGUUACCAUGGAAACCUGAGCAAUUCAAAAGUGGUCUACAUCACAUCACAGCUGUGAUCAAGGAAAAUGGGUUCACCAUCAAAGAGAAAUCUCAGUUAUUCUCCUUGGAUGGAACGACUGAACCAUUUCCAUUGCUGGCACGUAUUGUGCUCAUGGUGGACUUGCUUUUUAUUGGAAAGCUCUUGUUCUAUUUUCUUGCUGUUGUGUAUGUUCUAGUGCUGUGCCUCUUGAGGAAAUGUGCUGACAUUAGAUCCUUAAAGCUACAAGGUGAUGCACUACCUGGAAGGUUCAUAAAGAAUUUUAUAAACCGAUGGAUCAGGAGAGUGUGGCUUGUAUCUAAGGCGACCAAAAUCUUCCUAAUUUUAACCUGCUUUACAGCAUAUAUCAUGAUAGGCCCUUGGUUUAUGGCGGAGGUGAUAGACGGCCACACAGGCUUGAUGUUUGUGUGGGGACUUUAUGUUAAAGGAGCCCUACUGCCAGGAUCCCUUACUUAUGUUUAUGGAAUAUUUCAAAUGGUGAGCUACAACAUUCCUUUGCUGUUCCACUUGGGCUACAUCUUGGAUUACCCACAAUCCUUCAGUGAAUCCAACCAACUCCGUCUUUCACACAGAAUAAGACAUCUGUAUAUUCCAAUGAUAGUACUACUGAUAUUUCAGUGUUAUGUGACUCUGAUAGAAUUCCCCCAGGCCUAUGGGACGAAAGCAAUGAUUGUGGGUCCAGUUCGGUCAGGGUCCAUAUUUAUUGGAAUGUAUUGUUAUUAUGCCGCCUUUACUCAUCAUUAUAAAAGUACUGUUCAUACAAGUUGAUUAACUGUGUUAAUUGUAAAUCUUACAACCCAGUGUAUUGUUUAUUUAUUGUAUAAGUUAUUUGGACUUCUUUUUAUCAUGCAUAAAUUUACAUGUAUACAACAGUGAUUUCAUUUUUAAAUUGUUUUAUGAUGUCUGAUAAAAGUAAUGGCCAACAUCAUUUACUGUGCAUAGUUUUAUUAUCACUACGAUGAGCUACAUUAAAUGAAACAAAUAUAUUUUCUAUGGUGGUUCAUGCAGGUAUGAAGAAGCAUGUAUUGCAAAAAGAAAUUAAGGUUCAUGAUCAUGAUGUGGGUCAUUUUACUAUUUUCCGCAAUGAUUGCAAUCCUCACAGCCUGUAUGAACAACCAGAGAAAGCAUUCUAUUGUUUAAUGUAUUAAAUGGUAAUUUCUCUUUGAAUACCUCUUAAAUUAUUAUCACAUGUAGUACCUACAGUACCAAUCUGACUUAUCAGACCCAACCAAACACCGAAGUAAACCCCACUUAACCCCGGGUUUACUUUUGGGUUUACUCUGGGUCCACUCUGGGUUACUUGGAAAUUGCUUUUGGAGUCAACUGUACACAAAAGUGUAAAGUAGACCUGUCUUUUAUCUUGCCAUCCUAUUUCUGUAAUUCCUGCCCCUUGUAUAUUCCGAAUACAAAGUUUGCAUCUGCUUUCAAGGGUGUACAUCUAAGGUGAGUUCAACAGAGCGCUUGCCAAGUUUGUGUUGCGGGUAUAGGGAAUUUUGACGAGUGCUCGCUCUGUUGAACUCGCCUCAGAUUGGGGUUUACUCUCUGUGUCAACUUUAGGUUUACUCUGGGUCCACUCUAGUACCGGUAAACCCUGAGUAAACCCAGGGUUUAGUUGAGGUUUACUUUCUGUUAGGUUGGGUCUGGUCGGUACUGUAGAUAUUCAUAUCUCAAAUCCAUAUGUAACUUAGAAGCAAAAGCCAGUUCCUCUCGUAUACUGAGCUAUGUGAAUUGAAGUUAUUUUAACUGGUUUGAAGUUGAAGGAAAUCUUUCAUGAUUGAGGGUAUUGUAAUACGUACCACACAAAAUCUAGUAGCUAAAACACAAAGAAUUGCUAAAAUUAAAAUUGUUUUUUAUUGUAAAAUCAAAUCUUCUACAGAAACCUUAAACAAAUUAUUGCUGUAAUAAAAAUCACCUAAUCUUAAACAUGCAAAAGGUAUCAGCAGUAUAGAAAACAUACAAAGAAACUGUGACUAGUCAGGACAGGAUGUUCCUGUCGCCAAGGAGACAUAGUGGUCAUGUGAUGAUGUUACCUUGACAACACAAAAAUUUGAAAUGACUUACAUAAAUAUUAUGUAUAUACAUAUAUACACUUUGUGAGAUGUUACUUCAUAUUUUUAUGCUUUUCUUUUAGUUGCCUUUUCAUCUCUGCUUAUUCAUUUUCAUAAACUAAUACAUAAAAAUACAUCUCAAGUUUACAUGGUUUUACUCUUCCUAUAGAAUGAUUUUUUGUGCUUGUUAAUAUUUUAACAAAAUUCAAAA